AUGCAAAGGAGUCUUUUCCUUCGUAUCGUCGACGCUGUACGAGAGCACGAUAACUAUUUCGUACAGAAGGUGGAUGGUGUCGGUCGGCUUGGACUAUCUACUUUACAAAAAGUAACAGCAGCAUUUCGCAUGUUGGCAUAUGGUGCACCAGCAGAUAGUACCGACGAAUAUGUAAGGAUUGGUGAGUCAACUGUAAUUGAAUGUUUGAAGAGAUUUUGCAGAGCAAUUGUAGAAGUGUAUGGAGAUGAAUAUCUUAGAUCCCCCAAUACCGACGAUGUUGCAAGACUGUUACAAAAAGGCGAAGAGCGAGGUUUCCCAGGAAUGUUGGGAAGUCUUGACUGUAUGCAUUGGGAAUGGAAAAACUGUCCAACAGCAUGGGCGGGACAAUACUCAGGACGUCACGGAGGCCCAACCAUUAUUCUUGAGGCAGUAGCAUCGUAUGACCUAUGGAUAUGGCAUGCAUUCUUUGGCUUGCCAGGUUCUAAUAACGAUAUUAAUGUAUUACAAGCAUCUAAUUUGUUUGACAACCUAACGCAAGGUAUUACUCCUCCUGCUCAUUAUACAAUUCAAGGAAAGAAUUAUGAUGUCGGUUAUUAUUUAGCCGAUGGCAUAUACCCGAAAUGGCCAACCCUUGUUCAAACCAUUUCCAAAUCCGAAGAUAAAAAGAAACAAUAUUUUGCAAUGAUGCAAGAAGCUUGUCGAAAAGAUGUGGAGCGAGCGUUUGGUGUUCUCCAGUCAAGAUUUGCUAUAAUCAAGGGCAUUAAUUGA